AUGAAUGUUCCAAACACCAACAUUAUAAAUAGAGACAAAAUCAUAAAUGGCAAUGAGGUGAAGGAAGCAAUACCAUCUCACGAAUUUCCACAAUACAAUCUUAACAGCUUGAAAAGGAAGCUCUACGUUAAUGAUACAAAAUAUUUUACGCAACACCCAUCCAUAUUAUAUCUAAUGCCAUUAUAUUUUCAAAUUUCUACCGACUCAGAAAAAUCACAGAAAUAUAUUAACAACUUUGUAUCUGAAAGCAGUUGCGGUAAUAUAUUAAGCGAUGUGUAUGCUGGUACUAGAAGCAGUGGAAAUAUCUUUACUGGACUUCCAUUUGAGAUCAAAUUGAGAAUAGUACGAUAUUUAAACCAGUACGAUUUAAUUAUCUUAGCAUCUAUCUGUAAAAAUUUCCAUGCGGCUUGUAUUAUAGAAUUGUAUAAUUCAAUUAUUGUAGAUCAGAAUUAUUCGAAUUUAACACAUCACAGUCAAGCGCAAGGGUAUCAUCAUGGCACGUAUAUUAAACAACCAUACAGUUUUAAUAAGCUUUUAGAAAAUCUUCCGUUAUAUGGUCAUUUGAUUGAACACUUUCAGGUAAUUAAUUUACCAAGCAAUUUGCGUUUAAAAAAUGGUAUUUGUUCAUUAGAUGCUGCGUUUAAUAAUGAUAUUUUGUAUCACUUAGAUCAUGCAAAGACUAUUAAGUUGCCUUUAGAUGUUACUUUAAAUAUAUUUGACUGUGGUUGUCAUUAUGUGCUAGGAUACAGCGAUGCUAAUGAAGGAUAUGUUUAUCCAUUUUGGUCAUUACAAAAAUUAAGCUGCGGUAAGAUAACUUUCAUCAGCAAUACCAGCGGUCAUGAUCAUCAUGUUAAACCAUCAAGCUCACUGACUGUUCAAAGUUUGGAAAACUUGGAACUGACUAGUAUGAAAUCCUUUAUAUGUCUUAUGCGCAUUUACGAAAACAGUUUGUUUAAAACAUUAAAACAUCUAAAGUUAACUUUAACGGAAGAGAAAUACAAGAAUAAUAGUGGUAUUUUUGGCAUUAAAAAAAACAGGAAAAAUUUUUUUACACAAUCGUUGGAUUUUAAUUUACUUGAGGCGUAUAAUGCUACUGUCGAUAAUAACAAGACUAAUGCCACUAUUAAAAAUGAUUUUCCAACAGUGGUUAAAAUAAAUAAUAAAGAACUAUAUCUGAGUCAUUUAGGUUGCAGUUAUUAUGAAUUGCUUUUCUCCUUGCAUAAAAGACCAAGCAAUUUUACUAACUUGGAGACAUUUGAAUUGAAUAACACAUCAGUUUUACCCAAUGACGCUAAAUUUUUAAACAAAAUAUUGUCUUUGGAUAAAAUUAGAAAGCUCUCAUUAAAUAACAUAAGGGAAUAUUGUUUGACUCCGUUAGUACAUCUUGAACAAUGUACUGACAAUAGGUUUUUAAAAAAAAUUAAUUGGGAUGCUAUGAAAAAUUUAACUAUUUUAAAAAUAAACAUUCACGAGCCUUAUUUUGAUACCGUAGAAUAUGUUUUGGAUAAAACACUGAUAUCUGCUGACGGAGGUUUAAGGGAAUUGGAUAUUUCAAUGAGAUGGGAUGGGUACAAAGAAAAUAAUAUCUCUUGGAGCAAUAGCAAAUCAACAACUUUAGCCAAAUCUAUUAUGCAACAUCAUUGCACACUAACGAAGUUGUCUUUAGAGAUAAUUGAAAACCAAGAGGAUUAUUAUGAAUUUGAUAAAUUCAUUAACUUAGAAAAAUUAGAUGAGUUAAAGUUUUGGGAAGCUAUGCAAAAUUUAACUGGUUUAAAGAUAGAUAACAGGUCUUUUCCUAGUAACAUUGGUACAUCGAAAGCCCUUCUUCCUAAUUUGCAGUAUUUGCAUUUGACAGGUAAAUUUAGAGGUAAUUCCACUGGAUUUAAUUUCGGGUUGAUAAAUACUAGGACAGAUGAUACUUUUUAUGCAGAAACAAAUUACUUUCGUAAUUUAUCUGUAUCUUAUUUCAAAAGAUUUCCUUCAUUGUCGUAUAUAAAAUAUGGGGGGAAAUUGAUUUUUAAAAAAAACAGUUCCGUCGAUAGUACUACUGUGGAUGAUAAUAAUGGGAAUAUUUUAAUGUAUUCUGAUUGGUUUGAUGAGAAAAUACGUAUUUUUGUGUAG